AUGAACGCCACCAACGUGACACAAUGCCUGCCAUGGGAGCUCCACUUUUCCAUCCCAAUCCUUUGGGGCAUCCUCUCAGUGGGUGGGCUGAUCUUCAACAGCAUCAGCCUCUGGAUCUUCUGGUUUGCCAUCAAGCGCUGGAAUUCUGGCACCAUGCUUCAGUUCAACCUGGCCUUGGUAGACAUCAUUGUCCUUCCGGUCAUGCCACUGAUGGUGGCCUAUUUCAGCUUGGGAAACCACUGGCCCUUUGGGCAGUUUGUCUGCCAGCUUCAAGUUUUCCUGCUCAGCACUCACCUGUAUGGAAGCAUCUACUUCCUCAUGCUCAUCAGCAUCCACAGGUACCAAGCCAUUGUCCACUACAAUGCCAAGACCCUCUGGAGGAAGAAGUCUGCCUUGAAAAAGCUGGUCUUGGUCUUCUGGGCUUUCCUCUUCCUGCAGGGACUUCCACUCUUCUUCUUCCUCAAGACUUCAGUCAUCGGCAACUCGGUCAAGUGCCUGAGCAUCUACCGGUCAGAGCUGGCUUACCUCUAUCUAACAUACAGAAUCUUCCUGGGUAUCUUCUGUUUCCUCAUUCCCUUUGGCAUCUCUCUGGUGUCCUAUGUGAUGUUGGGAGCCUACGUUGCUAAAAUCAGUCAAGCCAAUCUUCGAGGCAAGGUGAUUAAGACCAAGUCCAAGCAGAUGAUCACCAUCACUUUGGUCAUCUUUGGCAUCUGCUUCACGCCCCUCCACAUCUGCCAGACAGUGGGUUUGAUUGUGAGAUAUUACUGGACAUCCUGUGGGCUUCGGUACCGUGUAGAAAUAGCUUAUUAUGUCUCCUUAGUCUUCAGCAUGGUCAACUGUUGCUUGGAUCCCUUCAUCUACAACUUUUCCAAUGAGAAAUUUUACAAGUCUUUUUCUGUCUCCCUGCAAAGAUUCUUCUUUGCCAAGUGUAAGAAAGAAGUCCCUCAGAGAAGAGAUUAG